AGAGAUCUGCAGAGAUAGAUCGUAACUCUGAAGUAUGGUAUGAACCAAGUAUGUGCUAGGAAUUACACACUAUGCCUGUGGCUAGACAUUUUUUUUUCUGGGGAGUCAACUACUAUUUCCAAUGCAUUCUCCCUGAAUUUGUAUAUAAGUGAAUGUGGCUAUGUAUAACCAACCAUGAAAUAUUGAGACCAGACAGAAAAUUGGGUAACAAGAGCCAUUGUAGAUCAUGCCUGGAGAUCUGCAUUUAAAAAAAUAAACCUUGCAAGGGGAAAAAAAUCUUCUCUGGCCCUGAAGUAAUUUGCUAGUCUCACACUUCACUGAGGGUGGGUCAGAAGAUGAAGUCAGAAAGGGUUUACAUGAGAGGAGCCUGUCUUAGAUAGUCCUUUGUUCCAUCUCCUGCACUUUUUAUAGGCUUGGUAUGGAACCCCAAAAGCUGCUGGUCUCUAUUCAUGUAGGCUUAUUUCAUGCCACGCAUAUGAAUAGGCAACUUGGAACCUACCACACACAGAGAAACAAUAUAUUAAUGAACAAGAAGAAUACAGCAAGAAGAAUUUUACUUCCAACAAACAUUAAGAACAUAAAUUAUUAACACACUUUGUAGGAGACAGCUACAUUUAAUAGUAAUAUUAGCAUAUGGCUUUCAAUGUUUUCAUGUACCAGCCUUCAGGCCAUUUACCGAGGACUGGUCAAGAGGCUAUAGUGGCAAAAGCUUCUUUUGAGUUCAUCUUUACCUCUGUAAUAAUAUUUAUAUCAGAACCUUUUAUUGCAUUUGUUAUAUUCAAGCAUAGGGUAAUUCUUGAUGAAGCACAAUCAGUCAGAACACUUUAUACAUUUAAUGCCUGUUUCUGUUCAAUGAUAGGUGUGUGGUUAAAAGGGGAAGAAGCAGUGGAAAAAUAUCAAGGUGUUAUACAUGGAAGGAUGGAAUGGGGAACCUAAGAAUCACAGAAAAAGGUUUAAAGCUAGAAGGAGAUUCAGAAUUCUUGAAACCUCUCUACGCCAAAGAAAUCCGGUCUAAGACAGGCAGCCCUCUAUACUUCCAGUCUGCUCGAAAUGUUACAGUGAACAUUCUCAAUGAGGAGAGUAAAGUUCUUACACGGCUGGUAACAGGUCCCAAAGCAGUGGAAGCAUACAGCCAAAAAUUUCAAGUGCUAACCACCUCGGGGGACUUGUUAUUUUCUGCAGAUGAGAAUGAAGUGGUAGUUGGAGCAGAAAGACUGAAAGUUUUAGGAGCAGAAGGCACAGUGUUCCCUAAAUCCAUAGAAACUCCUAAUGUCAGGGCAGACCCCUUCAAGGAACUAAGACUCGAGUCACCCACCCGCUCUUUGGUGAUGGAGGCUCCCAAGGGAGUUAUCAUUGAUGCUGAGGCUGGCAACCUGGAAGCCACAUGUAGGACAGAGCUCAAGCUGGUAUCCAAAGAUGGAGAGAUAACGUUGGAGGCUGCAAAUAUCAAACUACCUAGAUUGCCUCAGGGAUCCUACUCCCCUUCCGGAUCUGGGCAAAAAGCCUACGAGCUGUGUGUGUGUCCUAAUGGAAGAUUAUUCCUGACUCAGGCAGGAUCUACUUCCACCUGCCAGAUAAAGACAAGUGUCUGCCUUUGAGAGAGACUCCUUGUGGCAGGCGGAGUUGGGGGCAACAUGGCCCCUGCCUGGGUUCCCCAACUAUUUUUACUAGAACACAGAGAGCCUAUCAAAGACUUUUGUGUGUGGGUGUGUGUGUGUGUGCGUGUGUGUGGGUGUGAAUAUAUAAAUAUAUAGAUAUAUAUAGAUAUAAAUAUAUAUAUAUAUAUAUAUCCUUUGUGUAAAAUGAGGUUUCGGUACAAGAAAUCCCAGGGUGACCCUCUUUGUGUAGCAUUCAUUGCUUCAAUAUCAAAAUUUGAAAGCUGUGCACAAAUCUGGAUCUGGGACCUUCCAAGCAGUGGCCGUGGGUGGCUCCCAUGGGUUUUAAUCUGAACAUUAAAGGUGUAACCUACAAUGCUUGAACCCUACCCCCCAAAUACAUUCAGUACCUUGGGUGGCUUCUUUAUAGUUUAGACUAAAAUAUAAAUUGGAUUUCUCACCCCACCUACCCACCUCCACUGACAUUGGAGAGAGAGCCCUGCUUCCAAAAGUAUUCAAUCUAUGUCGAAGUCUCCAUAUAUAAAGGUGUAAUACUUUCAAGCCUCUCUAAAUUUAGUUUAAGAAAACCAUCACACAUGACUCUGUGCUAAUAUGGGUAUAAGGAGAAACAAUGUAAUGUAACGUGAUGUGGUUGCACCCAUCUUUAUCUGCCAAACAUACAGAAAACAGGGUCUGUAAAGUGUGGCCUUCUAGUGUGUCCAUCUCAGAUAGGUGUAACGUCUUCACAUGAUAUAGUUUGCAUAUGUUUCCAUAAGGUAUAGUUUUCUCAAUCUGUAUACCUGACUAGGCAUAAUGGCAUGUGUGAAGCAUCCUUAAGCUGUAACCAUCACAAUAAAGGGCAACAUAACUUGUAGCAAUCCUUAUCAGCUGACUUCUGAAGACUUCUGACUUCAGAGAAACAAAAAGGAACAAAGGCAUCAAGGCUACAUGGACAGUCUUCCAUUGAAUGGAGUUACUCAGAAAUAAAUAGUAAUUGGAACUGUUAAUUUCAUCAACAAUUGGAUUAAUUGGAAAGAUAAACAUUUUUUAUAAGUCACCCUCUGAUUCAAAGCCUCAAAAAUGUUUAAAAAAAUAAUUGUUUUACCUAUUGCUCUCCUUUCUUGAGAUGGCUUGCCUUGCAUUUGAGAGCCAUGUAAAUGUGAUUCCCUGACGAUUUGCUAGCUCAUCAAAGCAAAGUGUAAACUGUCUGGUAAAAGAUAGCAUAAUGAGACAUGAAUCUCUGAUUCUUAUUACACCAGGUAAGAUGAUCAGACUUCCUACUGCUUAGAAUGAUCCAAGACACCUAUGGUUAAAUUACAUGUAGCUCAUUUCUAAUUAGAGACAUAUAUCUCGAGAGACAUCUUGUGUGUUACUAUUCAUAUCCCUGAGCCUAAUUUGGCUAGCUGGUGUCUCAUUAAGUAACAUAAAAGUCCUCAUAAAAGUGUUAUCUACUGAAAAGAGUUCAAGCUGAAAGCUGGAUUUUCCGUGGCAUCACGGCUGUUCUCUCAGCUCUGUUUGUGACCUCUGUGUAUUCAGUGAUAGUCUGAAAAGGACACUGACUACUCAUAGAGGAUUUUCCAUUCAUUUGAGAACUCCAUUCAACCAAGGCACUUAAUCAGCUAGAGGAACCCUCCCAAGUACAUCUUCCACAGCCCAUCUCCCCUUAAAUGGCAUGGAUCUAUCUUCAUGAUGAUUGACAUGCAAAGGGGCUAAAGACUGAAUCAACAUAAAUAAAAGAUUCAAGUUCUUUUUUUAAAAAAGUUUUAAAGUUCACUCAAGACCAAAUCAAUAAACAUGUGAAGGUCAGCAUAAAAAUCCAAGGUCUAUUCUCACACAUUUGCUGAGAUUUACUGUUCCCUCUAGAUCACAAGUAGGAAAAUAAUUUCCCCAUAAAAAUAAGAAAAUGAUAAACGAAAUAAACUUGGGCUGAUUAUCAUGCCAUGUCACCUAUGUGAAACAUGCUUUUUGGCGAGCAUCAUUACUGUCUGUAGUUCUAAUGACCACAGAACCAGCAUAGCUUGUGCAUACUGGGUACAGUGAAAUGCAAAUUUGAAUCCAUCAAAACUAGACAAGUGAGGAAAUAUUUGUAGUAUCAUCAAAAGGCAAUCUGGCUUUCCCCUCAAGAUAAAAUGUCUGCAAAAAAAGAAUCAGCUCCCAACGAUAGAUGUUUGAGACACCCUUUGCUGUCAACUUUUGAGGCUUUCAGUUUCUAAAAUGUCUUCUUUAUUUCAUUACAAAAGGAGAACAACUGUGUGGGGAAACAUUUACUGGAUUCUGGCAUUGUGAAAUUAAAAAUAUACAGUAAUUCCUCUGCCAUAAUAGUCUAUUAGGCCAGAAGGCCAGGAUAUAAAUUUGAAAAAAGUAACUUCCCUACAUAGAAUGUUUCAAAGAUUGUUGAGAACAGUCAAUGCUAGUUGUAGACACGUCAAAUAUCACAGAAGCUUACUUUGAAACAAAAUAUUCUUAUGGUUUGCAUUCAUUGUGAAAUAAUUGGUUCAUUAAAAUUAAUGUAAGAGUUUCUUUUAAAACUAAGUCCAAGAUAAUAUUCCCUACAGGAGCUGUUACGAUGGGAGACCAUGUUAGCCAAAGCAACAAAGAGUCUUGAGACACUUAAGGCUGCAAGUACGCUACAAUGAAUGUUGCCAUAGAGCAUUUUCUUACAUUUCCCUACAUAAAUCAUCUGUGAGAUAGAAAUAAUCUCACAGAUCUGAUGUGUCUGAGAAGGGCACAUCAUUUUAACAAUGGGUUCCAUAAACGAUUGCUAGCUGCUUUUUUGUUAUCCAUAAAGAACACAAAGAAUAAUAUGAGACCUAAUCACCCCUCAGCUUUAUUGAAAAUAAAUGGAUAAUGACAGGUUUAGCAACUUCAAAACAUAAUUUGAUGUAUUCUUUUCAAGCCAUUUUCUUUGAUUUCUGGUGGACUAGAGAGCACCAAGAACCUGUCUGACAAGAUUGUCAGUGUCAACUUGAAAAGCACCCCCAUUGGUUUCAAUGGAGUUUGGAUUAAGCCAUUUUUAAAUAUCGUACCUUGGUGCUUUAGCUUGAUGGUAAAGAAAGGUUGAAGACACCAAUGAAGUGCACUUUUGGUGGACAGUAAAUGAGCAGAUCCACAUUUCAUUUUAUAGUAUAGUCCUAUGUGUAUUUACUCAGAAGUAAGAUUCAGUGUGUUCAGUGGCGCUUACGUUUAGGUAAAUACAUUUAAGAUUUCAGCCUUAGUGACACUGUUAGGACUUUAAAGCAUUUUGCAAGUUGAAUGGCUGCUGUCACCACUUAAUUUUCAAGCUGACACUUUGAUGCAAGGGGGUCACCCAGGAUAAUAAUUGUAUUGGGACACAGGACUAUUCACCAUCUCUGUUCAAAGAGGGAGACGUGCCUUUGCCUUAAGUCAAUGCACUCAGCAAGGAGAAGCACAUCAUAUUUAUCUCUUUAUUAAGUUCAUUUAUUUGGAGUGUUGGACUGAAGAUUGGAGAGAAUGGUGGUUGCCGUGUUUGAGAGUUGAGUGAUGGCUUGUGAAGUAGACUCACUGGAACUUCACAAAGACUGCGGGGCAUCUGGAACAAGUGGAAAUCUCUGUCAUGUUUUGGCCGGUGCAUUGAAAUUUUCAGCUCAUCCUGGAGAUCCAGCUUCAGAGCUUCAGAAAUGUUUGUAUACUGUGAUGACAUUUUGUUUCUUUUUCAUUUCAUAUUGAACAUUGAUCACAUACAAGGGCCAUUUCAUUAGAGAAUAUUUGUCAGCCUGCACAAGAUGAUAAACAAGUUGGACACUGCAAAGAAAAUAUACAUAUUGCAAUGUAACAGAGUGGUUUGAUCAUUUCUCCCCCUAUUAAUUUUACUGAUAAUGAAAGAGGACAUUGAAAUGAGUUUCCUUUAGAGGAACCAUUGCAGUACAUACCAUUGAUGUGUGUGUAUGUGUGUUUGUAACAUAAUGGCUUCUCUUUUUGUUAGCUCAGCUUUUGUGUUAAUCUGGUUCCUGAUCUUCAAAGAUACAUAUCUAGUUAUUAACUAUAUUACCUGAAAUCAAAGGAUUACGUGCUUAGAAAGAAAAUGAAGUGUUGAAAAGUUGCUUCACAGUGGUCUUCAAUUAUUCUUUAAUGAACUUGCUUAGUUACUCUUCUAGUAUGGGAGAUCUUUACAACCUACCAACUGCAGAUCUCAUUCUUCUCACCAGAAAAGGUUACUAUUAUUUAAACUCUUCUUAAAUCCUUUUGCCAGAUGCACUUGUCCUUAAUAUUACCCAAAAUUCAUAUAGAAAAAUCAAUUGUUUGAAGCUUGUCAAACUACAAGCUGUUGAAAAACUUUUCCCCUUUCUUGUCUUCUGACAAAAGUAAAAUAUUACAGUUAUAGGCUACUGAAAGUUUUAGUUUAGAGCUUAGGCAAUUUUUGAGCUUCUGUUGGCUAUGGGAAUUUUAUUGAUAAUUCUCCCAACAUUGUCAAGAGCAAUAGCAAAAAGCUCCAUACAUGUCAAAAUAAUAUCCUAUAUUUUAGACACUUUUGUGCAUGCGCAGUCCUAUGGUUUCUAAAAAAUCCUGGUCAUUCAGAGGCAAUAUUCCAUUGUAGGAAGUGUCCGCUUCAUAAUUUCAAAAUAAUCUCCAUGUUUCACCACUCCAGUAUUAGUGUCAGCACUGGAAGGUGGGAAAGAGAACAGGACCUUGGUAUAGACAAAGCAAGAGCAGCUCUAAAUUUGCAGAAUGCAAUGCCUUCCAUCUCCUAGUCCACGGCCACAUCUCCAACACAAAGGAAUAUUUAAAUUAGUUCUUGAUCUAGGCUGUAUUAUGUUUCUUCAAGAACCCAAAUUGCAAAAUAUUGUAACAUAAUAAGAUUGCACUGUUGGUCAUCUUUUCAAGGAAACAUAUAUGACUUCUGUAAAGUUGUACCUCCAUAUCCUCUUGGAAAUGUAGAGUCUAACUGAA